CGAAUCGCGGGGCUGAGGCGUCCCUCUCUCGUUCCAGGAGCGAAGUGCUGCCGGGCGUUCUGAGGCGUUGGGGAUGGGCCUUCCUUGCGGGGGUGUGGAGCGGGACACGUGUGUAGGGCCGUCGAGGAAGAUGCCGUGGUUCGUGUGUAUCCAGCGCAGUCAGCAGAAGUCAGAUUCCGCGGCCCCAGCAGCAUUCAGAUAAUACAUCUUGGAUUUUCCAUGUCAUUUUAUUCGUGGGAUGAUCUCUACAAACAAUACUUCAAAAUGAUAACAAAUAUUAUCAUAUUGAGUGUUCUCAUUUGUAUUUCUUUAUCCUUUUGGAUUGUGUCCAUGACCGUGAGCACCUAUUAUGGUACUUUACGCCCUAUUUCUCCAUAUCGCUGGCUGUUUUCAAUUCUAAUUCCAUUAAUGAUUGCUUCACGAGGAUUUAAGAAGAAAAGUCUAGAUCAUGGUGGAGCAAUAGGAGGUUUAUUAGUUGGAUUUGUUCUUACUGUUGCAAAUUACAGCUUUUUCACUGCCUUGCUCAUGUUUUUUGUUACAUCUUCAAAACUUACAAAGUGGAAAGGAGAAGUAAAAAAGAAAAUAGAUUCUGAAUACAAAGACGGUGGACAAAGAAAUUGGGUGCAAGUUUUCUGCAAUGGUGGUGUACCUGCAGAACUGGCGCUACUGUACAUGAUUGAAAAUGGACCUGGUGAAAUUCCAGUUGACUUUUCCAAACAGUAUACAGCAUCCUGGAUGUGCUUGUCACUGUUAGCGGCUUUGGCUUCCAGUGCUGGGGACACAUGGGCUUCCGAGAUCGGUACUGUCAUAAGUCAUGAACCCCGAUUAAUAACCACCUGGGAAAAAGUUCCAGUGGGCACCAACGGUGGUGUCACUGUAGUUGGCCUAAUCUCAAGCCUGCUUGGGGGCACAGCAGUAGGAGUGGCUUACUUCAUUUCUCAGUUGAUCUUUGUGAAUAAUCUGGAUAUAUCUGCUCCACAAUGGCCAAUUAUUGUGUUUGGUGGAAUAGCUGGCUUACUAGGAUCAGUGAUUGAUUCUUACUUGGGAGCCACCAUGCAGUACAGUGGUUUAGAUACUCGCACUGGAAUGAUUGUGAACCAUCAGACAGAAGACACAAAGCAUAUAUCUGGAAAACCUAUUCUAGAUAACAAUGCAGUGAAUCUUUUUUCCUCUGUAGUUGUUGCUUUGUUUUUGCCUGGUCUGGCAUGGGGAUUUUGGCCAAGAGGGUGAAAUCUCAUACAAAUAUCCUGAAUAAAGCUAUGACUGAAGAAUUCUUUACAAGACACCUUAAAACUUUUUGCUGGAGAUUUUAUCUUACAACAUUUAUGAAGGCAUGAGAAAUUUCUAAAUGGCUGAGACUGGACUACCUACAGCAGUUGCAAUCUUUGCUGGCAGAGGAGUCUAAGGAAACGGUGCUUUGAAAAAUUAUCUUCUGUAACAGAAUACAAUUGUUACUUGAGUUAUGAGUCACUACAGUUGAAUAUUGGAUCUCAGCACAUUCCCAACAGGCUACCAGAUAGGGGAGUAUGAUAUGGGAAACCAAAGUUUAUCUUUUGAAGCUUAGUACUUUGUUCAUAAAUCCAGUCAAUGGGUCUCCUCCUAAUUUUGCAUUUAUUGCAUUGUUUUGCUAUAGUAGGAUUUGGAAAUCUUGUAUUUCUCCUACAAAAAGAGGGAUGUGUUUGUGUGUUGGGGGGUUCCUACCUGUUCUUUUAAGAGGUAUAUGGGAAGUGAUCACAUUUAAGUUUUUGGUGAUAGACUUUGAAACAACAAAACAUUUCUGUACAGUAAGGAUAUAUUUGUUAAUGCUGGCUUUUGAAAGCAUGUGUGAUGUUUCUGUUGGCUGUAAUCAUACUAAAUUAUUGUUUUCUGAGGAUUAAUUUAUUGAAUAAGUAUUUUGGAAAUAGUUGAUGUCUUUGUAAUGUGUUUCCUUUCUUAGCUAAGAUUUUUUUACUGGUGUAUUGAGCAAAUGGUGUUAUUUGCAUUUUUCUGAGUAGUUUUUUAUGUUUUGUUUUUUGGCUUGUCUUUUUACCUGUAGAUAGUAGUGGUGACUAAAGUGAAUUCUCAGAUUAUCAUGAAAUGUGGUUCUUGAUUGCUCAUGUUAAAUGGUCAAUCCAGAACUGAAUUUCUGUGGUUUGGGGAAGAGUUAUUUUUAGUCAUGGCUGCUGUAAUGAACUCUGGUUAAGUUGCAGUCCAUUAAUACAGAGCAUAACUCUAUCUUUUAACUAUUUGCAUCGGUGUCAUUUGCAAAUUUAAUUAUAAGGGCCCGAAAAUAUUUAAUACAUUCUUUAUUUAUGUAGCUUUUUGUCUGCACAAAGCUUAUGUCAAGAUAAAAUUGAGAUGCUACUAGUUUCGUGUAUACUACAGAGGCUAACACUUCAUAUUAAGAAUAAAAGAAGAAAACAUACAUAUACAAUAAAGAGGAUAUGCAUGUAGAAGCUCAGUUCUGUCAAGCCUAAGUGGACCAGAUCUCAUGGAGGCCACAUUUACUCCCCCCACCGAGUCUACAAUGUAUUUGCUAGUUGAUGGACCCUUGGGAUCAGCAUGUCGAGCUAAGUGGAAGCGGGGAUUGCCAAAAGUUAGCCUUCCCGUUUCUGCUGGCAGAAAUGUCUACCAAAAAAACAUGGUUAGGAUCUCGAUUUUAAAAUCUUUAUAACAUAGUUAAACAGUUAUGCAACUUGCCUUUAUCAAUCAUUUGUUAUAAAUCUAGCAAAGAGUUUAUGCUAACAAGUAAUGUGGACAAUAGAGCUGAAAUACAAAGCAAAUUGCAAGACAAUUUAUAAACAUUAGUUAUAAAGAUAGUGCCUUAUAAUGCAUUCUUUCCUGUUACUGACAUGUUUUAUGUUAUGUGUCAAAAAAGCAGCCUAGCCUUUUACCACCCAGCUCACAUAGGUUCUUGAGAGUAAGUGGACACAUAGCAGACCAAAUUUUUUUUAAGUUUUAUUAAAAAAAGAAAAUAAAGUCAGCAUGAAAAGUCCUUCAGCAUAAAUAACAUCUGCAUAAAUAGCAGAAGAUUAGCUGAAACAUAAGACAGGAUAAAGUGCUCACAAAUAUGCAAAUAUUAGCACAGUCCUUGAAAUCCAUUAAUUUCUUCCAGCAAGCAUAAGUCAAAGAGAAAUUUCAGCAUUUCAGGUAGGUUCAGAUUAGAAUAGCAACUCUAGCCCCAAAGCAAGUUUUUUGUAAGGAUUCAUCAGUCAUGGUCAACUAACUAAUUCAUCCAAUUAAAGCCAAAUUUAAGUGGAACUUUCCAGUGCUAAGCUUCUGGUCAUACUUACACUUCAGCCAAGUAGUGACUUGGGCCAGCGUAGCACAGAUAAUCACAUCUCUUUAAUGUUUUGAGAGAUUGAGAUGGGUAGCUAAUACUCCCUGCUCAUUCUCACAACAUCAAACCAGUGAAACAGAAUCUAAUUAGGACAGGGCCUUUCAAUUAAAGGAGAGAGAGAGAAAAAAAAUUCACAGGCCUGUUUUAAAACUGUUCCCUUUCACAACUUGACCAAAGUUCUGGCAAUGAUGGAAUUUCUUGACAUUAUGCAUCAUUCCAAGUAGGGACAGUUUGUAUAGUAUUGUGUUAUACUUGGUAUGAUAGAGAAUACCAGGUCAAAAUGCUAAUUUUACUAUAAUUGAAUAGUUGUCAGCCUGUGAAGUUUAUGGGAAGAUAAUAAAAGGAAAAAUGGAAUGUGGAAUGAAGUGACAUAGGGUAAGGUCAGAGGAAAUAGAUGGAACUAGAAAUGAACUGGCAGAAUGUUGUUCCUCUAUGCAUAUUGUGGGGGAAAAGAAACCAUAAGAAAGUGACAGCAUGUGAUAAAGGGAGAAGAAAACCAGGAUAAGCAAAUGGAUAUAUCAGUGUCAUUCAGAACAGCAGGUAAGAAGGAAUACCUGUGCUUUGCAUUAGUGCCCUUUCUUUGAGAUAAAUGGGGCAGUAGUUAUUGAAAAGGUAGGUACUGGGUUGUUUUUUUAAGAUAAGGCCUUGUAUGAUUUUAUAAACAUGUUCAAAUAAAUUUGACCAUAAUCACA